GUCUUGUCAGCACCCAACCCAACUCACACUGCAUCUCAACUCCGUCGAAUUUGUCUCUCCCCCUCUACAUGUAAUUCUCAUUCAUCCCUCCUGUCUUCCAAAACCCAAAACCACUCCCUCACUAUUCCACUCCAAUUCUCGAUUAUUUUCUCAGUUAGGGUUUCGGACUGUGAUUUACAGAGAGAGGGGUACUAAGGUAUGGCUGAUCAUCUGUAGAGGUUGGGAUCGGAGGAGUCGAGUAUGAAGGAGGAGCUGUGCAUGGUGGAGGUUGAUCCGCCGAUCAGAGAUAAUCUUGCCACCGCCGAUGACUGGCGGAAGGCGCUCGAUAAGGUGGUUCCGGCAGUGGUCGUGCUUCGGACCACCGCUUGUCGGGCUUUCGACACCGAAUCUGCCGGUGCCAGCCACGCCACGGGCUUUGUCGUUGAUAAGCAGCGCGGGAUUAUUCUCACCAAUCGCCAUGUCGUCAAGCCCGGACCUGUAGUUGCAGAAGCCAUGUUCCUAAACCGCGAAGAAAUUCCUGUGUAUCCUAUGUACCGUGACCCGGUUCAUGAUUUUGGCUUCUCUCGUUAUGACCCUGGUGCCAUACAAUUUCUCAGCUACAAGGAGAUUCCUCUUGCUCCAGAGUGCUAGUGUUGGACUAGAGAUCAGGGUGGUUGGUAAUGACAGUGGAGAGAAGGUUUCCAUUCUGGCUGGCACCCUUGCUCGUUUGGACAGGGAUGCUCCUCAUUAUAAAAAGGAUGGCUACAAUGACUUCAAUACAUUCUACCUGCAAGCAGCAUCUGGGACUAAAGGGGGUUCAAGUGGUUCCCCAGUAAUUGAUUGGCAAGGCAGGGCAGUGGCGUUGAAUGCUGGGGGCAAGUCAUCAAGUGCUUCGGCAUUUUUCUUACCUUUAGAAAGAGUUGUAAGGGCAUUAAAAUUCUUGCAGAAGGCUAGAGAUUCUUUUAGAGAUAAAUGGAGGGUGGUUUCUAUUCCUCGUGGUACGCUUCAGGUGACAUUUGUCCACAGAGGAUUUGAUGAGACACGUCGCCUUGGUCUCCGAAGUGAAACAGAGCAGAUUGUGCGCCAUGCCUCUCUGAGUGGAGAAACUGGAAUGCUUGUUGUUGAUUCUGUCGUGCCAGGUGGCCCAGCUCACAAUCUUUUGGAGCCUGGUGACGUGCUUGUUCGCAUAAAUGGGGACGUAAUUACUCAGUUCCUGAAAAUGGAAACAUUACUUGAUGACAGUUUGGACCAGAAGAUUAAAUUACUGAUUGAAAGGGGUGGCACACCAUUGACUGUAGACUUGGUGGUUCAAGAUCUGCACUUAAUAACUCCUGACUACUUCUUGGAAGUAAGUGGUGCUGUGAUACACCCUCUUUCGUAUCAACAGGCUAGAAAUUUUCGUUUCCACUGUGGCCUUGUCUAUGUUUCAGAACCAGGAUAUAUGCUUUUUAGAGCUGGAGUUCCUCGCCAUGCCAUUAUUAAAAAGUUUGGAGGUAAGGAAAUAUCACAACUUGAGGAUCUGAUUUCCGUUCUUUCUAAGCUGGCUAGGGGUGCUCGAGUACCUUUGGAAUAUAUAAGCUACAAAGAUCGACAUCGAAGGAAGUCUGUCCUUGUCACGAUUGAUCGCCAUGAAUGGUAUGCCCCUCCUCAGAUUUACACUCGCAAUGACAGUACUGGUUUAUGGACAAUAAAGCCUGCUUUGCCACCUGAAUCUCCAUUCUUGUCCCUUGGCAUGAAUAAGGCCGAAAAAGCUCCUGCAAAACAUACAGCUCCAUUAGAUGCUGGUGAGGCUAGUCUAAUGGAGCAUGUGCAUCAUGAUAUCAACCAGGAAUCAACAGAUGGUUCCACUAGUAUCGAAACUAGUUCUGAAUAUGUUGCUGUGGGAUUACAUUCUCGUGAUGACUCUGACAUUGGAACCAAAAAACGGCAAGUAGAAGAGGAUUCAUCUGCUGAUAGCAUUGUUAUCGCUAACUGUUCCUUACAUGAGCCUAGAGAAGAAAAGUUGGAGGACUCGACAAACUCAGAAAAUGCUUUCCUGGAAGAUUAUCAAGGUGUAUCAGUCACAGCAGCUAAUGCUUCAGUAGCUGAGCGUGUUAUAGAACCUACUCUUGUGAUGUUUGAGGUUCAUGUACCACCAUCAUGCAUGGUUGAUGGUGUGCGCUCGCAACAUUUUUUAGGAACUGGUGUUAUUAUAUAUCAUUCUCAUAACAUGGGAUUGGUUGCUGUUGACAAAAACACAGUUGCGAUAUCUGUGUCUGAUGUGAUGCUCUCUUUUGCUGCCUUUCCAAUUGAAAUCCCUGGGGAGGUGAUUUUCCUCCAUCCUGUCCAUAAUUAUGCUCUUGUUGCAUAUGACCCUUCUUCUCUGGGAGCUGAUGGUGCCUCGGCAGUUCGUGCUGCGGAACUUCUACCUGAACCUCUGCUGCGUCGUGGAGAUGCCGUCUGUCUUGUGGGAUUAAGUAGGAGCCUGCAAGCUACUUCAAGGAAAUCUGUUGUCACCAACCCUUAUGCUGCUUUGAAUAUUGGCUCUGCUGAUCGUCCGCACUAUAGAGCAACCAACAUGGAAGCCAUUGAGCUUGAUACUGAUUUUGGUAGUACAUUUUCGGGUGUGCUAACCGAUGAGCAUGGCAGGGUUCAGGCUCUAUGGGGAAGCUUUUCCACACAGCUGAAAUAUAGAAGUAGUUCAUCAGAAGAUCAUCAAUUUGCCCGAGGCAUUCCAAUUUACACAAUCAGCCAAGUCCUUGACAAGAUAAUAUCUGGUGCAAAUGGACCAAAGCUUCUCAUAAAUGGUGUCAGAAGGCCAAUGCCACUCGUCAGGAUUUUAGAGGUUGAACUUUAUCCAACUUUGCUUUCCAAGGCACGUAGUUUUGGACUGAGUGACAAAUGGAUCCAGGCUCUUGUUAAGAAAGAUCCAAUUAGACGUCAAGUCUUACGUGUUAAAGGUUGUUUGGCUGGAUCGAAGGCUGAGUCUCUAUUAGAACAAGGUGACAUGGUCUUGGCGAUUAAUAAAGAGCCAAUCACAUGCUUUCGUGAUAUUGAAGAUGCUUGCCAUGCGUUGGACCAAUGUCAUGAACAUGAUGGGAAGCUUAACAUGACUAUCUUUCGUGAGGGACUUGAAAUUGAACUUCUUGUUGGAACAGAUGUGAGGGAUGGGAAUGGCACAGCACGAGUUAUGAAUUGGUGUGGGUGUAUUGUCCAGGAUCCUCACCCAGCAGUGCGUGCUCUAGGAUUUCUUCCUGAAGAAGGCCAUGGUGUGUAUGUGGCAAGAUGGUGUCAUGGGAGUCCAGCAAAUAGAUAUGGCCUGUCCGCUCUUCAGUGGAUUGUGGAAGUUAAUGGGAAACCAACUCCAAGUUUAGAUGCUUUUGUUCACGUGACAAAGGAAAUAGAGGACGGGGAGUUCAUUCGUGUAAGGAUAGUUCACUUGAAUGGGAAACCUCGAGUACUAACAUUGAAGCAGGAUUUGCAUUACUGGCCUACGUGGGAACUGAGAUUCAAUCCUGAAGCUGCAGUGUGGCGUCUUAAAACAAUCAAAGCAUUAGAUGAGGGUAUUGCAUGAACGUACUCUUUUAAUUUUGCUGUCUAGAAAUUGUGAUAUGAAAAACAUAGUUAGGCUCUGAAAUUACUUCAAAUUGAAUGUGGUGAAUCCUAUUGUUGGUUUUCGUACUAUUUGUAUUGUGAUUUUUUAGUACGUCUUAUUGGGAGGCUCAUAUAAAAUUACAUUUGAAUGACAUCAUAAGUUAUAUUUGAAUAAUUGAAAUAAAUAAAAUACCAAUUUCAGAUUUUCCAUCA